UCUAUACUAGCAGAAUAUACACUACACAGUGAAAGUCUGAGUCCUUCAUAGACAUGGCAGCCAGAGCAAAGGUUUCUUUACUGGUCCUCAUCAUGAGCCUUGUCAGUUACAUGGUUGGAACCACAGAAUCCUCUAUAACCCCAACAGAGUUCAUCAGGUCCUCAUGUGAGGCUACUAGUUACCCUGCUUUAUGCGUUCAAUGUCUCACGGGGUAUGCAAGCGCGAUCGGCCAAAGUGAUCAACAACUAGCCAUAACUGCUAUAUCAGUGAGCAUAUCCAGGACACAGUUGAGUGCAUCAUUUGUGAAUACGAUGUCAAAAUCAAGGGGCAUCAAGCAAAGGGAGUACAGAGCCAUGCAAGACUGCAUAGAAAACAUGGCUGACAGUUUGGACAGACUCAGCAAAUCGGUAACGGAGCUAGGCAAUAUCGGUCAUGCUGUUGGAGAGGACUUCAGGUGGCACAUGAGCAACGUGCAAACUUGGGUUAGCGCUGCCCUUACCGAUGAUGACAGUUGUCUUGAUGGCUUUACUGAUCUUUUCAUGAAUGAAAAUGUUAAGGCUGCCAUCAAGGACAAGGUUGUCAAUGUUGCUCAAGUCACCAGCAAUGCACUCGCUUUGGUUAAUCGCUUUGCCUCAAACCAUCGAACUGCCGAAACUCCUUAAAUCUUCACCUAAGUGGCCAUGUACUUGUUCAAAUGUAUUUUCUAUGUUUUCUUCCCUUAACUGAUGAAAAGUCUCUCUUGUAUGAAGUCUAUAUUUGAUCUUGUGGGGUUGAUUCUCUUUAUUGUAAUGCAUGUUGUAUAUACAAAAAUAAUAUUGUGUGUUUGUGUAAUAUUGGGAAUUAUUAUUGUGUAUUGAAGAAGAGUAUAUACAAAAAUGAUAUUCCUAUUAGAAAAGUGUUGGCAAACACGCUGCUAUUUUAUAUACUCUUUUUUAAUGCACUCUUACUUAUUUAUUGAAAUUCAAAUAAAUCCUACUAUUUUAAAA